CUCCCCUCACUGAGCUGGAGCGCUGUAGUAGUUUUGUAACGCGAGGCCUGUCGUGCAAUGCUGAAACUACACUGAGCGAUUCAGACAAACGUUGUACCCUGUGCGUGUACAAAUGGCUUCUGGCGUCGAGCGAGCGGAGCCUGGCGACAGCGAACAAGACGACGCGGAGGAUGUGUACGAAGUGGAGAAGAUCAUCGAUAUGAGGGUGGCAGACGGGGAGGUGCAGUACCGCGUGCGAUGGAAGAAUUAUUCCUCAGAUGACGAUACCUGGGAGCCCCAGGCUCACCUGGAGGACUGCAGCGAGGUGUUGCUGGCCUACGAGAGGUCCCUAGCUGAGAGGAAGCCCAAGAAAGACUCUGGCAUGAAGCUACCUAUGAAGAGUGACCUAUUUGACGCCAACUCAGAAAGCGAGAGCGAUAAAGAACGGCCAAAAGAGUCACCGAUGAUGACGAUGAUGAUGAAGAAGAAGAAGAAAAAAAAAAAGCACGCCGAGGAGUCGGAGGACGAGAAGACGGCGAAGGACAAGAAGAAGAAGAAAAAGAAGGAGAAAUGGAAGGAUGACAAACCGCUGCCCGCGCCAGAGUCCGAGGAAGAGGAUGACAGGGUCCCCACGCCGCCGCCGAGGAAGGAGAAGGCAGUGGACACCAAGAAGAGAGUCAUCGAGACGGACGACGAAGAUGAUGACGACGGCCCGGCCGUGGCCAAGAAGCACAAGAAAGAAGGCAAGGCGAAAGACGCGGUCCGGCCGAAGAAGGAGGUCAAGGUCAAGGUCAAGGUCAAGUCAAAGCGGGAGGUCGAGAGUUCGGGAGAAGAGACGGACAGGAGCGACACGCCGUCGGAGCCGCACGCUGACGACGGCGCCGCCGGCGACCCGAACGGCGGCCCGGCCAGAGCAACGGCUCCCAAAACCGCGGAGAAGGCGCCCCGCGGGGAGCCGAGCAAACCGAAGAAGAGCAGGCCGGAGCCGAGGACGCAGGGUUUCAGAGACCCCACCCAGGACAAGAAGGUGAAGAAACCGGACCCUCCGGCACUGCCGGCGCCAAAGGAGAGCGGCCCGGGCAAGCUGCGGAGUCUGACCAGCAGCAAGAGCGGUGGCAAGUCAUCCCGCAGCGAGGACGAGCCCGAGCCUGGCGACGCCGCCCGGGCCAAGCCCAGGGGCAAGGCUCAGGACGCCGGCCUUCCUCCGCAGAGGGACACCUCCGUGUCGUCCUCCUCCUCGUCUUCCGUGGCCUUGGCUCCCCCGACCAAGCCUAGAGAGGAGGAGCCGAGGGAGGAGGGCGGGGAGAGGGGCGGGGCGCCCAAUAAUCUCUUUGAGAAGUUCCUGCUCACAUGUGAGGCCAAGGACCGCAUGCCCAGGAAACAGGCCGUUCACACGACGCCAAAGAAUUCAGUGAAGACUGACAAAAAGGUGAAGCUAACGAAGGAGUCUCCAGGGCUGAAGCCUGAUUCUGACAGGACGGAGAAGACUAAGGAGGGCCCAAGAGCUGGUCAGAGUCCUGUUUCCAUGGAGACAGAUGAGAAACAGGAAAAGGGCACGACGGAGCCGGAGAAGGGCGACCGGUCCGACGAGCCCGCCUCCAAGACCGAAGAGGAGCAGCGGAGGAGGAAAGAAAGGCUGGAGGAAGAGGAGCGGAAAAAGAGGGAGAGGGGAGCGAGGGCAGAGGAGGUGCGCCCGGAGCGCCGGGCUGCGGUGGAGGCGGUGGCGUCUCCCGAGUCCACGGAGGACGCCCGGUGGAAGGAGCGACGGAGACGCCGGCGGGAGGACAGCGAGUCCCGCCUCCUCGUCGCCUGCGAUGACAAUCAGGACCUUCAGGACGCCCUGGAGCGCUCUGACAAGACUCCUGACAGGGGACCACCGUCACUUAACCUGGGGGUGGAGCUGAAACUUGACUGGAUGACUCUGGAGGACUUUCAGAAACACCUGAACGGAGAGAACGAGAAUCUCUCCCCUCUCGCCUUAACGCCCGCUGAGCUACGGGAGGCUGUCAAAACUGGGAAUUACCUGACAGUGAAACGAGCACUCAGUUCCAAAGAGGACUACAAUCUAGACCAGGAGGACUCCAGUGGUAUGUCGCUGUCCAUGCUGGCAGCGGCAGGGGGACAGGACGACAUACUGCGUCUGCUGAUCAAGAAAGGCGUGAAGGUGAACGGGCGGCAGAAGAACGGCACCACGGCGCUCAUGCACGCUGCCGAGAAGAACUUCCUGACGACUGUGGCGAUUCUCCUGGAGGCUGGGUCAUGCCUGAACGCUCAGACGCUGGGCGGGGAGACUGCCCUCAUGAAGGCAUGUAAGAGGGGAAACGCAGACGUAGUGCGCCUCCUGCUGGAGUGCGGGGCAGACUGCAACAUCCUGUCCAAGCACAAGAACACUGCCCUGCACUUUGCCAAGCUCAGCAACAACCUGAUGGUGUACGACCUCAUCAAAGACCACAUUGAGACUCUGCUGACCGUGGCGGAGGAGACGAUCCGUGCGUACUUCGAGACGCGGCUGGCCCUGCUGGAGCCAGUGUUCCCUCUCGCCUGCCAUCGUCUGUGCGAGGGGCCGGAUGUCUCGCUGGAGUUCAACUACAAACCCCCACAACAGGCACCUGGAGAGGGAUCGGGUGUGCUGCUGUUCAUCUUCCACGCGAACUUCAUGAGUGAGAUCACUGCCCGGCUCUGUGGCCCCUGCAGCGUCCACGCCGUCAUCCUCAACGACAAGUUCCAGCUGCCCAUCUUCCUCGAUAGCCACUUUAUUUAUUCCUUUAGCCCGGUUCAAGGAACAAACAAGCUCUUCAUUCGCCUAGCCGAGUCGCCGACCGCCAAGGUUAAACUUCUCAUUGGUGCCUACAGAGUCCAGCUGCAGUGAGGCCCCAAAACCCAGUCAGACUCCAGCCCAGAACCCGAGUCCCCGAGUCCGAGAGAGUCAUUUCCCAAACCUCCGCUCUCUGUCACAAGGCAGACCAAGCAGAAGAGGCACUACACGCUCGGUGUCCGUUAUGGUUAAUCACCCGGAAAGAAAGGCCCAGAGACACUACCUGCUUUUCAUAGCGAUCUCUGAGGCACACACUCAGUAAAGUGUCAGAAAUGCUUUGAGUUAAAAGGAUUUCUGACGUGUCCAAACAUUUUGGAUAGCCUCUUUUUGCAAAAGUCAGAAUCUGUACAAGAUG